GGCUAUGUUCAAUAGUUUUAUUCUGAAAUUCAUAUGAAAUUAAUAUUUUAAAAAUAAAAUUCAUUCAUCAAAUUAAAUUAAAUUAAAUUAAAUCAUCAAAUUAAAUAAGAAAAUAAUCAAAAUAAAAUAAAAUGUUUCGUAUCAGCUUGUUAUUGGUACCAUUGGCAAUCGCUACCGUUGUCUAUAGUCAAGGAUCAUUUCGACCACCAUCAAUUCCGGCUAUAAUUGCCAUUCUUCGUUACCAGAAUAGUCCAUGUACUACCGAUUCAAAUACACCGGGUACUUGUUUAGCUCAAAAUGAUUGUUUAGCAAGACAAGGUACACCUGAUGGUACAUGUGCUUCAGGUUUUGCAUCAUGUUGUAAUUUUAAAUUUACAUGUGGUGGACGUACUAAAGAAAAUGAAACAAUUUUUGUCAAUCAUUUGUAUCCAAAAACUGAUAACGGAACAAAUACCUGUCAGGUUACCAUUGAUAAACAACCAAAUGUUUGUCAACUACGAUUAGAUUUCGAAGAAUUCUCUUUGGCUCAACCGGAUGAAAAUGGUCAAUGUACAACUGAUUCGUUUAUGGUACGUACCACUGUUGGAGAACGAUUGCCAAUUCUGUGUGGUGAAAACAAUGGUCAACAUCUUUAUGUCGAUAUGGGUCGUGGUUCAGCCAAUCCAGUUGUCUUAUCUGUAGUCACCAAUGGUGAUAUGAUUGGCCGUAAAUGGAAAGUCAAGAUUAACAUGAUUCCAUGUAACAAUUUGGAUAUGGCACCAUCAGGAUGUUUACAAUAUUUCCGAUCACCAUCGUCUGUUAUUCAAAGUUUCAACUAUGGUUUGCCAAUGGAAGGUCGUGCCCGAUAUUUAUCUAAUCUACGAUACACAGCCUGUGUUCGUGUUGAAGAAAAUUUCUGUUCAAUCAAAUGGGAAACCGAAAUUCCCGGUUCAUUUUCAUGGGGUGCCCCAUAUGAAGGAAAUCUUACAGCUCGUGGUGCUAGCGGUGGUCUUUGCAAUGUUGAUGAUUUUAUCGGUAUCGAUCAAGGAAGUGCCGAAGGUAGCGGACCAGGUGAAGAUCGCCUUUGUGGUACUAAACUCUUACAAGAUGAUUAUGUUAUUUAUAAUUCGGAACAAACAGAUGCAACAGCAAGACAAUUCUGGCGACCAGGUUCCGGAAUAUUCAAUACAUUACGUUUACAGAAUACACCAUGUUCGGCUGAAAGUGGUGAAGUUGGUACAUGUAUGUCAGAAUCUGAUUGUAAAACUCGACAAGGUUUCAGUGUAGGAACAUGUGGCCGUAGUGGUUUGGUUUGUUGUAAUAUGAAAUUUACUUGUGAUUUGGAAGAAUUUUCGUUGGCUCAACCGGAUGAAUAUGGCCGUUGUACUAAAGAUUCUUUCAUGGUUCGUACAACUGUUGGUGAACGAUUACCAAUGCUUUGUGGAGAUAAUAAAGGUCAACAUCUAUAUGUUGAUAUGGGUCGUGGUUCAGCUAAUCCAGUCGUAUUGUCCGUUAUUACCAAUGAAUUGGAAAAUGUUAGCCGUAAAUGGAAAAUUAGAAUCUCAUUCAUCAAAUGUGACAAUUAUGUUAUGGCUCCGUCCGGUUGUUUACAAUAUUAUCGAUCACCAUCCGAUGUGAUCCGUUCAUUCAAUUAUGGACCAAAAAUUGAUGGUCGAUCCCGAUAUUUAGCUAAUUUACGAUAUACAACCUGUAUUCGUGUCGAGGAAAAUUUCUGUGCAAUUAAAUGGACAACCGAAACACCGGAAUCAUUUUCAUGGGGUAUUUCCAAUGAUCCGAUGUAUACGUCACAGGCAAACAUUAGUUCAUAUGGAUUGACUGGAUCAUUAUGUAAUGAUGAUGAUUUCAUUGGCAUUGAUCAAGGUUCACAAGAAGGAAGUGGUGUCGGUGAAGAUCGAUUCUGUGGUGAUCGAUUAUUUUAUAGUAAUUUGGUCAUUUCUCGAUCAAAACCAUUCCAAUUGAAAUUACGUUCAAAUAGUGAUCAAACGGAAAAUGCUCGAUUUUCACAGAAUGGAAUAGCGCUUCGAUAUACACAAUUACCAUGUGUAAACUGAUAAAGUGAUUCGAUUAGAAAGCGAUGAAUGAUUUCGAUGAAUUUCAAAUCAACAAUCAAA